AUGCCGAAAGAGGCCUUCACUGCAUCCGCCUCUGUAGAGAUGUCGGUUCCGGAUCUCCCGGCCACAAUCUCAGUACCGGCGACAGAAGAGACUGCCUCUCAUACUGGCCAUUCAGCGUCGGAGCAUGGGUUCACGGUCUUCACAAAUGAUGACUUAUCGCAAGAUCUGGAGAUCCUGACACUCGACGGUGGGGGAUCGGACUCUGCCCACGAGCUUCAUAUGGUCCCUGGCCCGCCACCUCCUGUGACUAGCUCAGAACGAGUCGCCGCCGACGGCAACCUCACGAUCCUGUCGAAACGGACUGAGAGACAGCGGAAGAGGCUUGAAAAGAAGGCCAGCAAACGCCCACCAAAAAGCAUCGGUACUGGCCUCUUCCCGCUCCCGGGCGAACUCCUCCUGAGCAUCUUCGCACAUCUUCGGCCCAGCGAUCUCCUUCGUCUGCAGCAUACUUGCACAUCCAUGCGUAAGUACCUGCGCACCUGGGAAUCCGUCCUUGUCAAAGAAGUCAUCGCCCGCCGAUAUGCUUGUCUUGAGCCAUGUCUCAGGCUGCCAGCCCUGAUGAAGGACAUUGACCCUUCCAUCCACCCAGCACUGCUUCACCCCGAACGUCAAGGCGGCAUGGGCAUCCACAAAAAGUUUCAGCACGUUCUGCCCGCCGACCCAACGUGCAUCUGCACGUGUCUCACCUGCAUCCUGCGCUGGAACUCUCUCUGUCUGGUCGUCGACUUUGCGCACUGGCAGCCAAACCUCGACUCGGGCACGCCCAUCCCCAUGAUCCCCCGUGGCAAGUUCCCCGUCUGGAACGAGGAUCUCGUCGCCGAGAACGCCAAAAUUGUUCAGAGAGCCUUGGUCUCACCUCUGUGGUAUGCUCGCGUGCUGGAAGUCCAUCUCAACUCUACAACAAGAUCUAUCCGCCGCCACGCUGCCAACCAGGGCAACCGGCGGCGGCGAUUCAGAAUGGCAAAGGAGGACGAAAUGUCCGGCACGGACGAGUUCCUGCAGCGCAGCGGGCCGCCGACGAUGGACUUUCCGUUCCACAGGGACAAUUAUUACAUGCUUGAGUCCUACCUCCCGAACAGGGGAUGGAGUUCCGACCUGGAAAGGUGGUUGUACAUGCCAGACUGGCAUGAGAGAGACUUGCACUGGGUGUCGGAGCGAUGGGGAGACAAAUCAAGCACUGAUAAAAGCUCAACCACGCAGCAGGCUACCGAUCAAGGAGGUACUGGAACGGACGCAACAGAGAAUCAGUCUUGCAACAGUGCAACUAUUCCAGCUCUCACCCAACCCACUGAGAAUGCCCACCAACCUUCAGAGCUACAAAAAUAG